UCUCCAUCUACCUCUCUCCCUCUCUUUCCAUAAGAACCCUAGAAGGUUGAUCUUGUCAUCUUUUCACUUCACCCACUACCAAAACUAGAGCAUUUGAGGCAAAUUCAGCAUUUAAAAAAAAUUAUUUUGUCCUCCCUACCUAUAAGGAUCAAAAACGUUUUGAUAUUCUGAUUCAUCAAAACAUUACUAUUUGAAGUUCUUGAGGUAAAAUUAUAUUCAAGGUCUAGAAUAUAUAAUCAUGAUGAUGGGAAAAGAGGAAAUGAGUUUAAGUCUGAGCUUGGGGUUUGCACAAAAUCAUCAUCCUCUCCAGCUGAAUCUCAAACCCACUUCUUCACCGAUGUCCAAUCACCAGAUCAUGUUUCCAUGGAACCAGACCUUGGUUUCUUCCUCAGAUCACCAAAACCAACAAGUUCUUAGGAAAAUAGACGUGAACAGCUUGCCGUCGACGGUUGAUUUGGAGGAGGAGACGGCAGUUUCUUCCCCUAACAGCACGAUCUCAAGCACCGUGAGCGGCAAGAGGAGAAGCGAGAGACAAGGAACAUCCGGAGAUGACAUCACUCUGGACCGAUCUUCCUCACGUGGAACCUCUGAUGAAGAAGAAGAAGAAUACGGAGGAGAGGCUUGUAGAAAAAAGCUCAGGCUAUCCAAAGACCAAUCUGCUGUUCUUGAAGACACUUUCAAAGAGCACAAUACUCUCAAUCCCAAACAGAAGCAGGCUUUGGCUAAGAAGCUAGGUUUAACCGCAAGACAAGUAGAAGUGUGGUUCCAAAACAGAAGAGCAAGGACCAAGUUGAAGCAAACAGAAGUAGAUUGCGAGUAUUUGAAGAGAUGCGUAGAGAAAUUAACCGAAGAGAAUCGGCGGCUCGAGAAAGAGGCAGCGGAGCUAAGAGCGCUAAAGCUUUCACCGCGGCUGUAUGGUCAGAUGAGUCCACCGACCACGCUUCUUAUGUGUCCAUCAUGCGAACGCGUGGGCGGACCAUCGAACCACAACCAAAGGUCUGUAGUGUCUGUGAACCCGUGGCUCCAAAUGGCUCAUGGGUCAACUUUUGAUGUUAAGCAUCCUAGGUCUUAA